AUGCCAAUCCAUUACAGCUCUUUCGGUGCGGCCUUGCGCCCUCUUGGUCGCCAAUGUCGUCGUCUUCCCCAGCUUUCUGCUCCUCCACCCUCAUUCACCGUGAGAGUUAACGGCGCAAACAAUGUCUCCCGAAACUUCACUACUUCGAAUACUCUACGAACCGGUCGUCAAGAGCCGGAACAUUACAAGAAUCACUAUGAAACGUUAAACGUUCACUUUGACGCCACUCAGGCGGAAAUCAAGAAAUCCUUCUACCACCUCUCCAAAGCCCACCACCCUGACCACAACCCUUCAGACCCUCACUCCGCCCACCGCUUCAUGCGCAUCUCCGAAGCCUACUCCAUCCUCUCCCACGCCGACAAGCGCCUCAAGUACGACCGCGACGUCCUGCGUCUUCACUUGCGCGCCCGCGCCCACGGCUCGCACCACUCCUCCUCCGUCGGUCCAGCCGGCGGCCGUCCGGCAUCCGGUCUUUCCAAACGGCGCAGCACGACCCAAGGCGCUCCACCCCCCAGUUUCUUCAGACAAGGCGGGUACGGCGAGUCGAAAGCUAAACGCGAGCGAGAAAAGCAAAGAGCCGCAGAGACGGGGUAUCCUCAGGGUGGUUUCGCUGGCUUUGCUGGCUUCGGUUCCCAGACCACCAAUGAAACCGGACCCGGAGGACGACAAGAAAGAAAAGAAUGGACAGGCCAACACUUCGACCCCUCGACAGCCCCUCACUUUGACAGCGAGCAACACACGCGCACGCACGAACAGCUAUGGGAAAACCUAAAGAAGUCGCAUGCGCGGAGGCAAGAGCAGGCUAGACAGCAGCAGCGGGACCAGCAGUUCUACUAUCAGCAACACGGGGAGGAGGAGGAGCGGGCGCAAACGCAAGGAGGGGGUGGGAAGAAGGUGUUGCCGGAGCUUCAGCAGGGGAAUUGGACGAGCUUCUUUGUGGUCACGGCGGUGUUAGUGGUUUCGAGCUUUGGACCUUAUUGGCUGUUUGGGGAGUGGAAGAGUACCGGGAAGGGUGCGGCUGGUGGUGGUGGUGGUGGUGGUGGUGGUGGGAAGAGCAGUGGUGGGAACGGAAGUGGUGGGGGAGUAGGAAGCAGGCUGCCGCGGCUGCUUGAUGGGUGGGAAGGUCGCUGUGGUGAUGAUGAUUAUGAACAAGACUGA